UUUGUGACAGGCAAUUGGCUUGUUACACGGGUUCAACUGUUGGAGGCCUGCUAAACGCUACAUUUGGAAACGUGACAGAGCUGAUCAUAUCGAUUUUCGCUCUUAAAACUGGAAUGAUACGCGUUGUACAGCUGACACUGCUCGGCUCGAUCCUUUCUAACAUGUUGCUUGUACUUGGCUGCGCCUUUUUUUGUGGUGGGCUUGUAUAUUCCCAGAAAGAGCAAGUCUUUGAUAAAGGAAACGCCGUUGUGAAUUCAGGAUUGCUUUUGAUGGCUGUCAUGGGGUUACUCUUCCCCACAGUUCUUCAUUACACGCACAGUGAGGUUCAUGCUGGGUCAUCAGAGCUUGCUCUCUCAAGAUUCAGCAGUUGCGUAAUGCUCGUUGCCUAUGCUGCUUACCUCUUUUUCCAGUUGAAGAGCCAGCCGAGUUCUUAUACUGCUCUUACGGAGGAAACAAGCCAGGACGAAGAAUCUUCAGACGAUGACGAAGAUCCUGAGAUCUCCAAGUGGGAAGCUAUCAUCUGGCUUUCAAUCUUGACGGCUUGGGUCUCUCUUCUUUCCGGCUAUCUUGUUGAUGCCAUAGAGGGUGCUUCGGUGUCAUGGAAGAUACCAAUCUCUUUUAUCAGUGUCAUCUUGCUUCCUAUUGUUGGGAAUGCGGCCGAGCAUGCAGGAGCUAUUAUGUUUGCCAUGAAAGACAAGCUGGACCUGUCUUUGGGAGUGGCUAUUGGAUCCUCCAUUCAGAUUUCUAUGUUUGCGGUUCCUUUCUGUGUGGUGAUCGGAUGGAUGAUGGGUGCACAAAUGGACCUAAAUUUCCAGCUAUUUGAGACGGCUACACUGUUUAUAACUGUUAUUGUUGUAGCAUUCUUUCUCCAGGAAGGGACAUCGAAUUACUUCAAAGGGUUGAUGCUUAUACUUUGCUAUCUGAUAGUCGCUGCUAGUUUCUUCGUACACGAAGAUCCUCAUCAAGAUGAUAUAUAAACCAACCAGAAAGAACACAAUCUAAUAUGUGAAGCAGUUUGUGUCAUAAAAGUAAACCCUGAUGAUCUCAGGAACACACCAUCUUACAUGUACAUUUGAGGUUCUAGAGUUUGUUGCAUAACAUUUGAAAAGUAGCCCCAUUUUACGGUUUUUACCUUCCUUUACAUUUGUGUACUUCCCCUUAGGGGCUUAGGUUUACUAAUCUGUAAAAUCACCUUGAUAACUACUAUGAUGGGAAGAUUGGAAGGUCUCUUCUUUUCUUAGAACAGGUUAUGGACGAUUUUAUGUUGAAUUUGAUAUUCAUAAAAGGUUUAAACAA